AAAAUGUGUGGUAGUGAAAGGUUAUGUUCAACUGUUUUGAGGUUAUGUUGUACUCAUUUUUAAAAACAUGGGACGAAAAAUACCCGGAAAGAAGCAUAGGGGUGUGCGAGACCCGGAAAAGCAACGGGAAUUAAGGCUUCAAAGCCUUAAAGGGAAAAUUAACGCUCCCCCUGUAAAUCCAGACGUACAAGAAAUUCCUAGAAGUCUAAAUCGUUUAAUCGCCUUAAAGAAAAAGAGUUCAGAACAGAGGAAGCCGAAAAAGAAGCGAAACCAGUUCAAUAUCGAACGGGAAAAAGGAGAAUCGGAAAGAGACUACCUUAGUCGCGUUGAAAGCAUCUGUGACGAUAUCAUAGAAGAAAAUCGCCACCUCGAUUUUACACGAAACGAUAAAACUGGCGAAAUUGAAAAUUUCACUGAGAGAGACGAAGAUGAAGCGGUGAACAAUCGGAAACGUAAACGUGACGGCAAGCUGAAGAAAUUGGAAGAAGAACUUCUUAAGCCUAAAGUAACCAAAUCGCAGAAACGUAAAAUGAAACGUUUGCAAAAACAGCAGGAGCGUGAAUCACGCGACGAGGUUGAUUUCGCGAGUAAGAAGGAUAAUAUCAAGUUUGGAGAGAUUGUGCACGCGCCGCCUAAUUUAGUUAAGCCAAGAUAUGCAUCGAAGGAAGGAGGUGCUGCUCGGCCUGGCAGAAAAAACUUGCUAUUGAAGACGAUAGUUGAUGAUAAAAAUGAUAGAAGUAAAACUAUUGACAAAAAAGGAACUGCAAGUAAAGUUAUUGACAAAAAGGGUAAACGAAAAAAUCUGCCAAAUGCUUUGAGAAGAAAAAUGGAGAAACAACAAACCGAAAUUAUUAAUGCGUAUAGAAUGCUGAAAAGCAAAAGGCAAAAGGGAGAUUAAGGCAAACAUUGUAAAUUACAAAAUAAAUUAUAAUUUUGCUUUAAUAUUUUUUUGGUCAUUCCACUGCACAAGUAGACAAGUUAUCGAAAGGGGUGCCUACCAUAUAUGCUCCAUGUUGGGCGCCAAAUAAUUUUGUUGGUUUUGUACCAAAUUUUAGUUUGCUCAAUACUGGUGCUGGAAGAACUAAUUUGCUGUACUUGUUACUUUGUUUGUUCUGGAAAGGGUUGUUAUAGUUAUAGGUAUUUAUAAAAUAAUUACACACUGUUAGAAAAAAUAUGCAAAAACCAAUAAGACACCCUAAUUCUUUUAAAUUAUUCUACUUCUAACAAAUUAUAUACAGAUAUAUUUA